UUUUGUUUUCUGGCAUGGGGAAAUGGCCACAGCACUCUUCUAAAUAAAAGCACAGUAUUAAAUCAACUUACCAAGUGAGGAGAGAGACAUCCCUGUUCAGUGGCAUCCUAUAGUUGUAAGUAAGAGCAACAGAUGUAAAUCACUGUUCAAAAUUGAAAAUACUAAUUUUCUUGUAUCCUGAGCGGAAGAAAUGAACAGGUGGAGAGGAAGUUUAUUGAAGUUCCUCACCCAUUUAAGGAACAUAGUUUGUUCAGUGUUUCACUGUUUGUUUAAAACCUCUCUUUCUCCAAAUUACCUGGGGCCGGAGUGCUAUUGUGACCUGAAACUAAGAGGCAGGUAACAGGAUGGCAUGCGAUUCACUGGAAUGUACUUAGUCAACAUUCCUAACCAUGAGAGUACUAAAAAGAGUGUUGGAUUAAAGUCUCUGGAAGUUUCAGUUCCUUUGUAGUGAAGAAGAACAGUGAGAGGAUCAAGGUUCAGUUAUGUGAAACCUGGAGGAGGUCAGUGAACCAGAAAUAGUCCCAGGUGAAUCAUCAUACUUCGACCAGUAAUGAGACGUAUCAAGAACGUCUGACAAGAUUAGAAGGUGAUAAAGAAUCUCUUAUAUUGCAGGUGAGUGUUCUCACAGAUCAGGUUGAAGCCCAAGGAGAAAAAAUCCGAGACUUAGAAGUUUGCCUUGAAGGGCACCAAUUGAAGCUUAAUGCUACAGAAGAGAUGCUUCAACAGGAACUAUUAAGUCGAACGUUGCUAGAAACUCAGAAAUUGGAUUUAAUGGCUGAAGUUUCAGAUCUGAAAAUCAAACUGGUUGGAAUGGAGAAGGAACAAAGUGAAUAUGAAGAGAAGCAGAACAAAGCUGAGAAUUUGUUACAAGAACUCAAACACCUGAAAAUUAAGGUUGAAGAGCUAGAAAAUGAAAGGACUCAAUAUGAAUGGAAACUGAAAGCAACUAAAGCUGAAAUAGCACAGCUUCAAGAACAGUUAGCUCUAAAAGACUCGGAAAUUGAACGAUUACAGAGUCAAAUCUCUAGGACAUCAGCCAAUAAUGAAAUUGCAGAGAGAGAGGAAGUGUAUAAGAAAAGGCUAAAAGAAAAACACCAAGAAGUCCAGCGUUUGAAAGUAGGAAUGGAAUCCCUAUUGACUGCAAAUCAGGAAAAGGACCGCCGCAUAGAAGAGUUAACGAUUUUGCUAAGCCAGUACCGAAGGGUGAAAGAGAUAAUGCUAGCAGUCCAAGGAACCUCAGAAAGAGUUUUAUCUGGUACUGGUGAAGUUGAUUUUGAAGCAACCUUAAGAAAGUGGAACCACAUGCAUGCACCCCAAAUAGAAUAUAAACCAGAGAUACCUCAAGGGGACUUGGCCCCACCUAUAAUCCUUCCUGCACCACAAAAAAUACUGGAAAUCAGGGGAAGCUCUCCAGUUCCCUCAAAUAAACUAACUUUGACAAAUGGGGAAACCCUGGAAUUUCAAAACAGGAUAUCUCAGAAAAAAAUUUCAAGUAGUCUAGAAGACUUGCAAAGUGAAUCUCUGGAAAAGCAUGUUGAUGGGAAACCAGUAGAACAUGAUCUAGAAGAAGAGAAUAAAUCUCACGUAAAAAGCAGCAAGUACCAAACCUUGCCAGGGAAACUUCCUCGAGCAGCACACAACGGAGAUAACCAUCUGUACAAUACACCUGCUACUCCAUGUUGUAUAAAUGGCAAUGAGGACAACGGCAUACAGAGUCUGAGAGCCCCCGGCCACAUGGACAACACAACUUCAGAGGAACUUUCACCCUUGUCAUCUGGAACAGAUUCAGGUGCACAGUCUCCGUUAUCUCCAGACAAUAAAAAAAGUCCAAAAGGAAUUAAAAAAAUAUGGGGAAAGAUACGUCGAACUCAAUCUGGAAAUUUCCCUGGAGACGAUCUAGGUUUGGUUGAAUUUCGAAGAGGUGGUCUCCGUGCAACAGCUGGACCUCGGUUAUCUCGGUCAAAGGAUGCCAAGGGUCAAAAGAGUGAUCAUAAUGCCCCAUUUGCCCAAUGGGGCACUGAACGUGUUUGCAGCUGGCUUGAGGACUUUGGCCUUGGUCAAUAUGUCAUUUUUGCAAGACAGUGGAUAACAUCUGGCCAUACACUUUUGACAGCAACACCUCAGGAUAUGGAAAAGGAGUUAGGAAUUAAGCAUCCUUUACACAGGAAGAAAUUGGUUUUGGCAGUCAAAGCUAUAAAUACAAAACAAGAUGAAAAGUCUGCAGAGUUAGAUCAUAUCUGGGUUACACGAUGGCUUGAUGAUAUUGGUUUACCUCAAUACAAAGAUCAGUUUCAUGAAUCACGAGUUGAUGGCAGAAUGCUACAAUAUCUAACUGUGAAUGACCUCCUCUUCCUCAAAGUUACAAGCCAGCUACAUCACCUCAGCAUUAAAUGUGCCAUUCACGUUCUACACCUGAACAAUUUUAACCCACAUUGCUUACGCAGAAGACCAGCAGAUGAGAAUAAUAUUUCAUCAUCAGAAGUAGUACAAUGGUCCAAUCAUAGAGUGAUGGAAUGGCUCAGAUCAGUAGAUUUGGCAGAAUAUGCACCAAACCUUCGAGGAAGUGGCGUUCACGGUGGACUCAUUAUCCUGGAGCCUCGUUUCAAUGGAGAUACUCUAGCAAUGCUCCUCAACAUUCCACCUCAAAAGACUCUGCUAAGACGCCACUUAACCACAAAUUUCAAUGUGCUCAUCGGGCCAGAGGCUCAGCAAGAUAAAAGAGAAAUCAUGGAAUCCACCGCUUAUACAGCUCUCACCACCACUGCAAAAGUCCGGCCAAAGAAACUUGGAUUUUCACAUUUUGGAAACUUAAGAAAAAAGAAGUUUGAUGAAUCUACAGAUUAUAUUUGCCCUAUGGAUACAAGUACAUCCAAUGGCACUCCGAAGAGUUGUGGUGCCUACAGAGUGCAUAACACCCUCCCUGACAAAGAAUUAGAGAAACUGGAUCAGGUGGGCCAGGGGGACUGAGGCACUCACCUUUCAUCCUCUUGGUGCAUUCUGAAGCUUACAGAUAACCUUUUCUUAUAAUUUAACUAAAGCGCAUAAUGCAUCUGCAUGUCUUUAGUGAAUGUAUUAGGAUGAAGCUUGAAGAAUCUUUAAAAUAUCACUUGGAAUUUUUUCCUCCCAUUUGCAAUUGUUUCAUCCUACUCAUCUUCUCAAGCCCUUUUUCAGGAAAAGAAAAAGCUUUACACAACAGUUGUAGCUGACAUUCAAGGCACCUAAAAUUGAGCUGUUGUGGCAGCUCAGAGCUUUUUAUAUUUCCUUUGUAAUGCCCAACAAUAAUUUUAAACGUUUUGUAUUAGCUUUUUCAUGUCCACAAUGGUAAGGAUGAUCUAUUUUAUUCUUGACAGCACAGAUGAAUUGUAUAUUUUUAUUAAAAUGUUCUUUUAAUUGUGCAGCGUCUGCACCAUAGUGGUUACAUACGAUAACAUUAAAAUAUAGGCCUAAUGAUGGAUCUUUUCUAAAAAAACAACAACUGAAAAUACAAUUUCUUGAAGAAGGCAAUAAAAUAUUUACUUGGGAAAACGUCUUAAUUGUUUUUGUUGUGAUUACUCUUUUUGUGAUUGAAUUAUGCUUUUAAAAGUGCUUAGACUGAUUUUAUAAAUUGCUGUCCCAAGAAAUAAUACAUAGAAAAAUGUGUAAAGUAAUUCUUUAAAAGCCUGAAAAAUGGAGUCAUUGAAGUUUUCUGCAAGAUAUAAGAUAGCAAGGCAAACUUCCAUUUACUCUAAUUUCUGAGUCAAACUGAUCAGAAAAAUUAUGGUAAUAUCACAAGAUUAAUUGCAAAAAGUUUUUUUUUUCAUAUGCAUGAUUUACUACAUCUAACAUGCUCCAUUUUUCUCUCAUUUAAAAUGUAAUUGUUUUUCCAUUUUGUUUAAAGCAUGUAAUUUGUUCAGUAUGUGUGUGAUUUAUACACAGUUGGAACUAUUUUAAUGUUCUGUUUAUUUUUAAAACACAAUUUUCAGUCAAACUUCUGGAACUUCUUAAAAUUAAACACUCAUAUAGAUUUUUCCUCAUAUUUUCUUAGCCUCCUAAUUUUGUGCUCAGCCUCUUUUUGUUUCAAACUCACUGUGAACUCCCUUCUCAGCUGAGGAUAAAGGAUCUGUCUAGUUUACAGGAAUCAAUCAUGUACAGAAAAGCUUCUCACCAUGCAUGCAUGUAAUACCACAAAGUAAAUGAAAAUUAAACUUGGAAUCUGCAUCUUUUAAAUAUUAUGAUUCCUGACAACUUCUAAUUUAGAGUUAUAUGCUAUUUCACUGCCUAUCUAAAGCAGUCAUGAUUAUAGUUUGGAAACCAUGGAACCACACUAUUUGAA